UUAGAGAUUAACGUGAUGGGUGGGAGGGGGGAAAUAAAAGGAGAAAAGAUAGGAAAAAUAUCUGGCAAAUGGGGACAUAUACGGUGGCUCAGGAAUACGGAGGCUGAGCAGCUUCCAGGCAAUAAUUAAAGUGACUUUGUGUUGGAUUGAGGUGUAGGUGUGUGUGUGUGUGUGUGUGUUACACAUACAUAAAUGAACCUUGACAUUUGUUAGAGUUGGUCAUUAUUUCUUGUCUUUGUGUUACGGUGCUACAUGCAUCAUUUUUGUUUCUGAAAAUUUUCCUAAGUGGAUUGUUCUUAAACUGGUAGUGAGGAUUAGCAGGAGUUAGUUCCAACGGAAGGGAUGAGGGCUUUACUGUAUUUAUAAAUCAUUUCGAUUUCUAAUGUAGCAAUUCCAGCUCCUGAUUUUAAGCAAAAGAAGUGUGAGAGCUGCCAAUGACAAUAAUGUGGCGCAGAGUACAAGCUACUCGGCCCUAUUGUAAUGAUGGCCUGAGCUAACCACCUAACUUGAAGGGUGCCCUUCCGUUUGAAAGAACACAAUGCUGAGGAGGCCGUGGCAGGUGAUUGGCGUUGUGCUUCAAAAAUUUCAGCAAUUCAACAGUAUUUUGUCUGUCAACAGUAAGCUCUUUACUUGAUUGCACCAUGAAAAAGCUGCUAAUGAGACUUGUUGAGAACAAAAGCAACUUGAAGAACUCAAAGCCAUUGUUUUCAAAUGAAUCUUGAAUGGUUUUCAGCCUCAGUGCUUUUCAAUCAGCACUGAGAUUCCCCUAUAACAUCAGAAUGGCAAGCAGGCGAAAGUCAACAACACCUUGCAUGGUCCUUGCUAGUGAGCAGGAUCCAGAUCUUGAGUUGAUAUCGGGUUUGGAUGAAGGCCCUCCUGUACUUACACCUGUGGAAAAUGCCAGAGCAGAGAGUAUCUCAAGCGAUGAAGAAGUUCACGAAUCUGUGGAUUCUGACAAUCAGCAAAAUAAGAAAGUUGAAGGUGGCUAUGAAUGUAAAUAUUGUAGUUUCCAAACUCCAGAUCUAAACAUGUUUACUUUUCAUGUGGAUUCAGAACAUCCCAAUGUAGUACUAAAUUCAUCUUAUGUUUGUGUUGAAUGCAAUUUUCUUACCAAAAGGUAUGAUGCACUUUCUGAACAUAAUAUGAAAUAUCACCCAGGAGAAGAGAAUUUCAAGUUGACGAUGGUGAAACGUAACAACCAGACAAUCUUUGAACAAACAAUAAAUGAUCUGACCUUUGAUGGUAGUUUUGUUAAAGAAGAAAAUGCAGAACAAGCAGAAUCCAUAGACGUUUCUUCUUCAGGAAUCCCCAUCAGUAAAACGCCUAUCAUGAAAAUGAUGAAAAAUAAGGUAGAAAACAAACGGAUUACAGUCCAUCAUAACUCAUCUGAAGACACUCCCGAGGAGAAAGAAAGUGAAACCAAACCAGACAGGGAAGAAAAGGUAGACAAUGCAAGCUCCUCAGCUUCAGAAUCCACCACCAGCCCUUCGGUGGUGAGCAGAACGCAUGCCCACGCGGCCAGCGCGGCCGUGCCCCCCGCCGCGGCGGCCAUCCUCCCCGGGCUGUCACAGGUCCUGACCGCCGUGUCCGCGCAGCACAACUCCAACCUGAUCCCCAAAGUCUUAAUCCCCGUCAAUAGCAUUCCUGCCUACAAUGCCGCACUGGACAACAACCCCCUCCUGCUGAACACCUACAACAAAUUCCCUUACCCAACCAUGUCAGAGAUUACAGUUCUCUCCGCCCAAGCCAAGUACACGGAGGAACAGAUCAAGAUAUGGUUUUCAGCCCAGCGCUUAAAGCACGGUGUUAGUUGGACCCCCGAAGAAGUCGAGGAGGCGAGGAGGAAGCAGUUCAACGGGACGGUGCAUACCGUGCCGCAGACCAUCACUGUCAUCCCCACCCACAUCUCCACCGGGAGUAACGGCCUGCCAUCCAUCCUACAGACGUGUCAGAUAGUGGGCCAGCCGGGUCUGGUCCUCACCCAGGUCGCCGGGACGAACAGCCUGCCAGUCACGGCUCCCAUUGCCCUGACGGUGGCCGGGGUUCCAAAUCAAACGAGCGUCCAGAAAAGCCAAAUCCCCGCUGCUUCUCAGCCCGCUGCGGAAACCAAGCCCGCCAGCGCAGCCCUGCCCCCGGCCCCCAGCGCCAAGCCCGACCCCCCCGGGCUGGCGAACCCGGACGCCUUCGGGAUGCGGGCCAAAAAGACGAAAGAGCAACUGGCAGAGUUAAAGGUUAGCUACCUUAAAAGCCACUUCCCCCACGACUCGGAAAUCAUCAGACUCAUGAAAAUAACAGGCCUGACCAAAGGGGAGAUCAAAAAAUGGUUUAGCGACACGCGGUACAACCAGAGAAACUCCAAGAGCAGCCAGUGCGCACACCUCACCAGCGACGCCUCCUCCGCCACCAUCGUCAUCGACUCCAGCGACGAGACGACCGAGCCCCCGCCCGCCGCCCCCCCGCAGCCCAAGCCGUCCUGGAACCCCUUCCCCGACUUCACGCCCCAGAAGUUCAAAGAGAAAACCGAGGAACAGCUCCGGGCCCUCCAGGCCAGCUUCGUCAACAGCCCCACACUCACGGAAGAAGAGCUCAAUAGGCUAAGGGCGCAAACCAAACUCACCAGGAGAGAAAUCGAUGCGUGGUUCACAGAGAAGAAGAAAUCAAAAGCUUUAAAGGAAGAGAAAGUCGACGCGGACGAAAGCCACACAGGUAGUUCCAAAGAAGAACCCGCGGAAACGUCUCCCCAAGAAGAAGCGGUCGCCCCCAAGUCAGGGAGCACGGGCAAGAUAUGCAAGAAGACCCCCGAGCAGUUGCACCUGCUUAAAAGUGCUUUUGUCCGGACGCAGUGGCCGUCGCCCGAAGAGUACGACAAGCUGGCUGAAGAAAGCGGACUCGCCAGGACGGACAUCGUCAGCUGGUUUGGCGACACCCGUUACGCCUGGAAGAACGGAAACCUGAAAUGGUACUAUUACUAUCAAAGCGCCAGUUCAGGCCGGAUGAACGGGCUGUCUUCCCUUAGGAAAAGAGGGAGAGGGAGACCCAAAGGACGAGGUAGAGGAAGACCCCGGGGGCGACCCAGAGGCGGCAAAAGAAUUAACAACUGGGACCGGGCACCAUCACUUAUAAAAUUUAAAACGGGAACUGCCAUACUUAAGGAUUAUUACCUGAAGCACAAGUUCCUUAAUGAGCAAGACCUGGAUGAGCUUGUCAACAGAUCGCACAUGGGCUAUGAGCAGGUUAGAGAGUGGUUUGCAGAAAGGCAGAGACGAUCCGAGUUAGGUUUAGAAUUAUUUGAGGAAAAUGAGGAGGAGGAAGAAGUUGUUGAGGAUCAGGAAGAGGAUGAAGAAGAAACAGAUGAUAGUGAUACUUGGGAACCCCCACGACAUGUGAAGCGGAAACUUUCUAAGUCGGAUGACUGAAGUGUCUGCUUAAAAUGUUGAAGGAGAAUUAAUUCUUCAACUCAAGAUGUCUGAGUUACUGUGAAUGGGCUCAAUCUUUGGUGACACUGAAAAAUGUUUCAAGGCAUACACAAUCUGAGAAAAAACAGGAUCCAAUAUCCAAAAGAAAUGGACUUAAUGUGCCAAAGUUUAACUACUGCAGUUGGUGGAAGUUCUACAAUGUAAAUAGAACACUAAUGAAAAAACAACUUGUAAAAAUUCAGAUUUUAGUACAGUUCAUUUUUAUUCUGCUAGGAUGGAAACAUUCUGAAUCUUCGACUUUCUGAAGGGGGUUGAUGACCACUAGCACUUCCUUUCAUUUUCAGUGCAGCUUACUGCUUUGUGUCUAGUUCCGACAGGCUGGACUCCCCGCAUUCUUCUGUUUGUGAUUAAACUUAGAGCCUUUGAGUGACCAAACAUUUUACAGAGUAAAAGUUACUUGGAAAUGGGAGAGAAAAAAAACACUGAUUUAUUUCUGUAAAUCAUUUAUUAUUCUCUACACCAAGCAAAACUAAAAGGUACAAGGGCUUAAAAUUUUUCAAGUGUAAAAAUAUACACAUCCUGAAUGAGGAAGAUUUGUGGUAUCACUGGCCCUUAAUGAUUAGCUCUUUCAUUAAACACACUUAUGGAUACCACUGUUUCUACUUAGAAUAUGUGACUUUUUUCAUUAGAUGCUAAUUUGCUUUGUACUGAGCUAAAAAUAAUGCCGAAGAGGGAAAAGAAACUGGUGUAAGUUGAAUACAGUGAAAUACCAUGCCAAAAAAAUGUGAAAAAGAAUCAUGUAGUGAAAUAUACUUAGUGGGAUUUGUUUUGUUUUACAAUCAUAUGGAAGUCAGAAAUGUUCAUACAGGCAUCGGAUCAGAAUUUUCAAGAAUUACCUUUUAGUGGAAUUCCACCUUCUGUAACAAUUUCAGUGAUUAGAGGAAAAAAAUUAUAAACUGAUCCCAUUGAGUUAAAAGUUAGCUUCUUACUUAGAAAUGAAGAGAGUGCUGUUAACUCUUGCCAUCUCAAGAGGCUGAAGGUUCACAGGAACUUACAAACUCUGGAAAGACCAGUGCUGUUCAUUCGUGCUGAGAAGGACCAUUUCUUUUCAUAGGACCACUUUUCAAAAUGGGCUUUCUUCAUAGAGGAAAUGUUCAGUUUAAUUAGCUUUGAAUUUUAAAAAAUGUAUUUCUGAAUGAUCACCUGUAGUGGGCUUGGCCAGUUUAUCUAAUUUAAUGAGUAAUAAACAUUAAGCUCUUGGCUAAAUGUUGUCAGCUAAUGAAAAUGUUAUGAAAAAGCCUUGAAUAUGCAUGCUGCUUUCAUUUCUAUAAACUUUUUAUUUUUUAACUAUAGCUUUAUUAGUAACUCCAAAUGCUGCAAUUUAGCUGAUUCGUCCCUCAGACAGCUGGCUUUGUGGGUGGCUUUUUUCAUACUACUGGGAACUUUUUUAAAAGAAGCAAUGUAAAGACUGUAACAAUCGAAUGCACUAAACUGUUUUUUUCUUUUAUAUAUUCAAAACUUCUUAAAGCACUCUGUAUUAUAAUGAUUAAAUUGCUCCCUUUUUUAAACCAUUGCUGAUAUGGUCUGAAUUUUGUUUGGCAGUAAUUUUAAUGUUUUCAAAAUUUGAAAUGUCAAGUAUUAGAAAUGAAACCUUUGAAUAUAUUUAUAUUAUGUUUCCCUUGUACUAUGUUAACUGUAUAGCUGUAAACAACUAUUAAUAAGAUUUCCCAUCACUUUUA